AUGGAUUUCUUCUGGAAAGCAGCUUCUCCGGCGCCAGCUCCAGCUCCGGCGCCAAUCGCGGUGCCAACCCAAGAUGCGAAGCCCCUGCACCCUUUCUAUCCUCUCGGUGUCGAGAUCGUCAACUAUCUUGCAAACGACAAGGAUGUCCUCCAGUUGCUGACUGCAUUUGCCCUUGGCUGUGCCGUCAUCUUGUCAGCUACAUGGCUGGUAGCUUCCAAGUUCGGGCCGCAGCUGAGGACGACAGACAAAUUCGUGGUGUUAUGGUUUACCCUCACCGGGUCGAUACAUCUCUUUUUCGAAGGGUACUUCUCCUAUAACCACACGCGCAUGGGAGGAGCGACGGACCUUUUUGGGCAACUUUGGAAAGAAUAUGCUCUGUCUGAUUCGAGGUAUUUAACCUCGGAUCCGUUCGUUCUGUGUAUGGAAACCAUUACAGCGGUCUGCUGGGGCCCUUUGUCCUUUGUCAUGGUCUAUUUCAUCAUUACCUCGCAUCCCUUACGCUAUCCCCUCCAAGCCAUCGUGUCGCUUGGACAAAUCUACGGGGAUGUUUUGUACUAUGCCACCUGCAUGUUUGACCAUUACUACAAGAACUUGACCUACUGUCGCCCCGAGGCAUACUACUUUUGGUUCUACUUCUUCUUCAUGAACUUCAUCUGGAUCGUUAUUCCUGGAUCAUUGUUGUGGGACAGCAUCAAGACCACCGGAAAAGCUUUCAAAGCCUUGGAUAGAAUGUCACACUCUCUGCAGGCGAAUGGAUCUGUCGCGAAGCCCAAAGCCAAUGGUCACAUCAAACACGCCUGA